AUGUCUUCAGUAUGUUGUGGAACUAAAAAACAGAAGCUGAAUAAUUCGUACAGUAAUCAUGUUGAACGUCCUCUAAAUGGAUAUCAAGAGCCUGUGGCAAUACCUGAUAUGUGCUACUUUUGUUUCGAUGUCUUAUAUUGUCAGCUGCACAGUAUGGACCCACCACAUACGCCAAAUUUCACCAACGAUGCAUAUCCCCUAUUUGUAACAUGGAAAAUUGGAAAGGAGCAUCGCUUAAGAGGGUGUAUUGGGACUUUUAAUGCCAUGCAUCUACACUCAGGUCUCCGAGAAUAUGCAAUCACAAGUGCUUUGAAAGAUUCUCGUUUUGCUCCGAUUACUCGCGAGGAAGUUCCACGUCUAACGGUUUCGGUGUCCAUUCUUCAACAUUUCGAGGAAGCCGAGCAUUACCUGGACUGGAAGUUGGGCAAACAUGGCAUUAGAAUUGAGUUUAUCAGCGAAAGGGGAUCCAAACGAACUGCAACCUACUUACCUCAAGUUGCUACCGAGCAAGGUUGGGACCAAAUCCAAACUAUCGACUCGCUUCUCCGGAAGGGUGGCUAUAAGGCAGCUAUUACUAGCGAGAUGCGACGAAGUAUUAAGCUAACUAAGUAUCAAUCGGAGGAGGUUUCCGCUUCGUACAGCGAUUAUAUCGGGCAGCGCUGCUAG